GGAUGAUUGGUCUGACUGAGUGGGGCCGGGGUCGGCUUCGGCAGAGGCUGCUGUGAGCCGUGGAGGCUUCGGGGCUCGACUGGGUCGUUGCCCGGCAGACAGAAGGAGGCCAUGCGAAGCCGCCGGUCCUUAUUGCUGGGGCCAGCACGUCUAUGCUUUCGUUUGCUUCUCCUCCUGGGCUACAGACGCCGAUGCCCACCAGUACUAAGGAACCUGGUGCUUCGUUGGCGCUAUGGAAAAGUCUGUCUGCGUUCUCUACUCUACAACUCCUUUGGGGGCAGUGACACUGCCAUUGACUCUGCUUUUGAGCCUGUGUACUGGCUUGUGGACAAUGUGAUCCGCUGGUUUGGGGUGGUCUUCGUGGCCCUGGUGAUUGUGCUGACGAGCUCAAUCGUGGCCAUUGCCUAUCUGUGUGUCUUGCCCCUGAUCCUCCAUACUUAUUCAGUGCCCCGAAUCUGCUGGCAUUUCGUCUACAGCCACUGGAACCUCAUCCUCAUUGUCUUCCACUACUAUCAGGCCAUCACCACACCUCCUGGAUACCCUCCCCAGGCCAAGACUGACCUUGCUACUGUAUCCAUCUGCAAGAAGUGCAUUUACCCCAAACCAGCACGAACACACCACUGCAGCAUCUGCAACAGGUGUGUGCUGAAAAUGGAUCACCACUGCCCUUGGUUGAACAAUUGUGUGGGCCACUACAACCACCGGUAUUUCUUCUCCUUCUGUUUCUUCAUGACUCUGGGCUGUGUCUACUGCAGCUUUGGCAGCUGGGAUAUGUUCCGGGAAGCUUAUGCUGCCCUUGAGAAAAUGAAACAGCUCGACAGGAACAAACUACAGGUGGCUGCCAAUCAGACGUAUCACCAGACCCCACCACCCACUUUCUCCUUCCGGGAAAGGAUGACUCACAAAAGCCUGGUUUACCUAUGGUUCCUGUGCAGCUCUGUGGCACUGGCCUUAGGGGCUCUGACAGUAUGGCACGCUGUCCUCAUUAGCCGUGGGGAGACCAGUAUCGAGCGGCACAUCAACAAGAAGGAGAGGCAUCGGCUCUCCCUGAAGGGCAAAGUAUUUAGGAAUCCCUAUAAUUAUGGCUGCUUAGACAACUGGAAGGUAUUCCUGGGUGUGAACACAAGAAGGCACUGGCUUACGCGUGUCCUGCUGCCUUCCAGUCAUCUGCCCUAUGGGAAUGGGAUGACCUGGGGCCCUCCUCCCUAUGUGACAACAGUCCCAGACUCUGUGCUGGCUGUGUGAACCUCCAAGGCUGGUCCUACCUAUGUGGUCUCAAGAAGUCGGAGAUCUCUUUCAAUCUAGAACAAGGUCUGGAUAGGGAGAUCUUCUUUGGAACCAUGAAGCAAAAGAAGUCAUUUGUACUGGCUUCCUGUACCUGUACCACACACAAUGCUGUGAGGUCACCCUUGGGCACUGGGAGCAGUGUGACAUGGAGAACUCCAAGGCUAAUGUCCCUUUCACUCAGGCUAACAAGUUCAGUAUACGUGUUGCCAGGAUUCUAGAUGGGGAUGAGCCUAAGGUACAAUUGUUAGAGACCCAGUCUGGGUUCCAGCAUGGGUAUUGUGUACCAUCUCCCCUCUGAUGGAUGGGAAAAGAGCUGACAGGGUAGACCCCUGGGCUCUUACUGAGGUCACUGCCACUUUUCACACUCUGCUUACUGCAGAAAUAAAGGUAUUUCAUUUUGUAAA